AUGCAGGCUGCAUACCACACGGAGGCUCUUGGCUCCGGACCUACAUAUUUCAGCCACGCCCAUCUUGUGCCUCGGCCGCCCGCAGGCUCAGGAUAUCCCUUUGGAUACCAUGCUCCUAAUUAUGGUGACGGCUCAAAUGCGCCGCACCUGUUCUUGCCGACCGGCUACAGCGGCGUUACGCCUGGUCCGUUUCCGUCGAUCGGCGCGGAUGCAGCCGCGGCAGCGGCCGUGCAGCCGCAAGCCUACGCCCGUCCCGGUUUUAAUUACGCCUCCCCGUUCACCGCCGCGUUGGCAACGCCGCUGCUUAAUGCCGUGCAAUCGUCCUUAAUUAGUGCUUCAAGCAAUGCUGCUAGCGAGAUGCAACCGCUACAGGCCUCGCCUGCACAACCCCCUGGGCUAUGGGUUCCAGAAAACGCGUCCAGUUCCAGCGAUAACGGCGCGCAGCAGCCUUAUGCGGUGUUGCCCACAGCUGUCCUACCGCCGCCCCAGCAGCAGCCCCAGCAGCAACAGGACCUUGGGGGGCCGUCGCUAGGGUCAUCUGCGAUGGGCAUGCCAGGGCUACCGGCGGCACUGGCGUCCAGCGGCUACGGUGCUGCAGUGGACGUAUGGAAGCACCUUGCCAUGGUGGCGGCCACUGCCACGGGGGGCCCCCAGGGGGCCGCACAGCUGCAGAUGCAAGGACCCUACGGUACGGAUUACCAGCUUCCCUAUGUCCAGCAGCAACAGCAGCAAGCCGCGACAGCUGCGCUGCAAAUGCAGGCUGCGUAUCUCCAGCAGCAACAGCAGCAACAACAACCGCAGCAGCAGCAGGAGCCAGCAUACGCUACCGCUUGCCAGGCGAUUGCGUCGCUCGGGGCCGCGGCUGCAGCGGCAUCGCUGGGUGCGGCUCAGGGUCCAGCCGGGCAUGGACUAACGCUUGGCGCGGCAAGUGCACCGACUCAUGUCCUUCAGCUCAUACAACAACAACAACAACAACAACAGCAUAAACUUCAGCAACAGCAAAUGCAGGCCGCCGUGACGCCCGAUUCCCUAAGCGAUCCGGCGCUGGCAGCAGCUGCUGCCACAGCACUGCAUUUGCUUCAGCUUCCUGCGGGUCUCCGCGCGCUGGCAGCCUGCGGAAUGAUGCCACACUUGCUACAGCCCCAGCAACCACAACCAACGCAGCCGCAGGCACUGCAGCUUCCAAUCUGCACGGCCGCCUCGGGAGGGUGCUACAGCCCUGGAAUCCUUGCGGCGCUGCUCCCACCGCUAGCCUCCUCGUCGUACACACCCUCUGCACCGUCUGGCCAGGUCAUGGGUGCGCCGCAGCCCACGCCUGCCGCGUUGCUCAUCCUCGGCCUGCAACAACAACAACAGCCACCGCAGCAGCAACAACAGCAGUUGUGUCCGUUUCCGUUGGGCGGAGAGUCACCCAUGCUGAGGCCACCUGCAGAACUGCAAGUCCGGGCUUCACCGCGCAAGAGCCGUCUGCCUGCAGUGCAGCCGGGCCUGCCACCGGGGCCGCAGUUGCUGCACUUUGCCGGCGUGCCGCUGCAGCUGCCGCUGCCGCAUGCAGUGCUGCAGGCAGCUGCUUGCCAUCCGGUGCAGCCGGCAUCUUCCUGCCCGCCUGGUGCAGCUAAAAGCCGCGCGGCCGGGGGUGCAGUUACUGCCGCUUGUACGUCGACGUCGGCGCCUGUGGGCGGCUUAGAGACGCGCAGGCGGACGCAGGCGGACCGGCGGGAGCGGCGCAAGGAGAGCAACCGGGAGAGCGCGCGGCGGUGUCGGCUGCGGCGUGAGAAGGACACCUGUGAGCUGUCGCGGCGGGUCGCGGCCCAGGAGACAAUCAACAGCAAUAUGGCCUCUCAACUGCAGAGGCUGGAACAGGCCACCAACGUGCUGCUGGACCAGAACCAUGUGCUGGAAGCAUGGCUGAAGCACAUCCAGGAAGCGGGGGACGGCGCUUCAGCUGCCGCAAGCACCAUCCUGGGCUACGUGCGAAACCUGGACGAGCAGAUGGCCGCAGCCGCAGCUGCCGUGCAGCUUCAGGCAGUGGCGUCGCAGGGUAGCUACCUGCCCGCCGAUUCGAUGGCGAUGGUGCAAAUACAACCCCAUCCUCAGUCGGGGGCCUCGGCAGGGGAAGCUCAGGGACUGCAGCAACACCACCUAGGAUGGACAUCGGAGGGGGCUGCCGUCGCAUCCGGAGCAGGGGCGGCCGGGGGUGUGAUUGACAGAUUUCGCUCCAUGCGUGGUGGUGCUGUUGGCGGCGGUGGCACUGAUGCUGGCCCGCUGGGACUUGGUGGGGUCCUCGGCGUCGCGUCGCGAUCUUCUGGUAUGGUGGACAUUGAGGAGGAGACGGAUAACACAGAGGACGAGGAGCAACUAAGUGAUGGCGACGAUGACGGUGUGGUGGACCUGGAGGAGCAGUUGUGA